AAGAGACUAACAACUCCAGCAGUGCUACAUCCAUUGGUAUGGGUCCAGACCAUAAGUUGCAAGAAAAUAGCAGUUUAUCCAGUGUCACUGGUUUAUCAUCCACACAAUCUACAGCAACAUCUGCAGUAGGUAUGUCCACCAGUACUACCCAUCUGACCAGUACCAGUCAGCCCACCAACACCACUAUGUCCGUCACCUUGACGACUCAGCCCACCAAAACCAGCCAGACAACAAGAUCCACCACAGCUUCAUCAGUCACCUCAUCACAACUCAAUAUUACAGUGGUGACCACUUCCAAGAUGUCUUUCACUUCUGUAACAGCCACAUCAAAAUCUGAGGCUGUUGUUGCCAAAACUUCCAGAUUUGAUGUGGGCAGUUUUGUAGGUGGCAUUAUGCUGACACUUGGAGUCCUAGUUAUUGUCUACAUCGGAUGCAAAACCUAUCACUCUAGAAGAGGCAUUCAGUACAGAACCAUUGAUGAACAUGAUGCCAUCAUUUAAAGAGACUUCAGGGAAGGCAGUGCUGGAAACCCAUCCUAUCACAGCUGUUGUAACUUACUUCUGAAAGAGUUCCUUUCAUAAAGAUGAUCACAGUCUCUAAACCUGUCUUGGGUGUGAUCCUGAAAAAAGUUGAGAAGCUCUUUAAACAUCCUGAUUUUUUUUCAUUGGCUUUCAUAAGAAGAACUCGGCACUUUGUAGAGACAGUAUUUUCUUUUUCCAGUAUUUGUAACCAAAUUUAAAGAAACACAUAUUGAGACAUUUUAAGGUACACACACAAGUCUCUGAAAUAGCUCACUUCCUAGCACAGUGGAUCACAUCAUUGCAAUUCUAAGUAAGUUCAAUUAUUUCUCACAUAUUGCGUAAAUCCAGUGCGUUCCAUAAUGGACGUAGUAGGUUAAAUAGGAUACCUCUGAGAACAAGCAUAGGUUUUUGAAGUAAAAUGUUUUUUUCCCUAAUAUUUUUUUAUUAAAUUAUUUUGAAGUUUGAUGUGAACUUCAGAUUAGAAAUUUUGGAUUUUGAACAAUUCAGUUAAUUAUUUUUAGGCUAUAAAGCGACAUGGUUUGCUAACUGUAUAGGUGAUCAUUAGUACUUUAAACUUCAGUCAUUAGCUCACCAAUGACCUGCAGAGACUUUCCCUAACAGGCCAUACAAUGAGAUGAGCUGCAGGAAGCAUGGACAGACUGGGAAUAUCCAUCUGCAACCCUUUUCUCAAAAUGGGUCCUGUUAAGAAAACAGGCUAUGUGAUUGAUUGAUAGCUUCUUUUUUCUAGCGCGUCCUAAUGAAGCUUGAGCAAUUGAAGAGAAAAUAAAAAUGGAAAAAAGUAACUGCACCAUCAUUAAUAUAAAACAUGAAAAUUGCUUCUAAAAAUUGGCUUUUAAGUUGAAUGUAGCAAUUGCUUCACUCUUGGGUUUUAUUAUUUUGAAGCUUCAUGCAAUGUUUUAGUAGCAUUUCAUAAGCAUUGAAAGUUACACAGAGAAGUGGAAAAUCUGUAAGAUAGCAUUUUAGAAGAAUAUAAUCUGCAUUUUUACAACUGUUUGCAGAACUUGUUACUGCUGCACACGUGUACAAAGGUCUGGUUGAAAGCCCACUGAAGGCAAUGGGGCAUCUAUCUCUCAGAAGGCCUUUAGAUUAAAGGCCCAAAUACACUGGGGGUCCCGUGCAAGGUGGCUGAUGCUGCUUCCGUACCACUCCUGCAUUCACACUGAGGUAAACCUGCUGAUGUCAGUAGAUGGGCUCCUGGUUUACACUGGUGCAAGGAAAACUAGAGCAAAGAUCAAGAAACGCAGGCCUGCAUCUCCCUAUGUCACUGAAUAAUCGUUCAGUCCUGCUCGCGCGCUGCUUGGAGACCUCUCCCUGGUGAAGAGGGUUGAUGUGGUGGGACUUGACCACCCUGGUUACUGCUGGCAUAGUCCAUCGUGCGGGGCGCAGGCAGGAGGUGGUGACAGCUGAGGAAGGAACGGCUUGCAGGUCUGUCAGGGGGCUGGGGUGCAACGCAUCAGGGGAGGUAAAACUACAGCUCCAGCACAGGUUAAUUUUUUUGUUAAGGACUAGUUUAUUCUGGCAUGCAAUGUUGAAGCAGCUGUAUGGAUGGUUUUUUCCUUUUUCACAUGGAGUAGUAAAACCAUUGUGUCCAAGGCACAGCUGGCUCCAGCAAACCAUGGUUAAUGGGUAGUCUUAAUAGCACCAGGCACGCACCUGAAAAGGGGGUAGCAGGGCUGUUUUGGUUUUUACUGAGAUUGAGGUACAGGGGGAAGAGUGAUUUGAAGUAACUUUUGUGAUUUUUCUUAAUUGCAUUGUUUUGGUAGAAAACUUAUGGUUUUGACUUGAAGAGUUUGGAAACAAUUCUUCUGCAAUUCCUUACUUUGUAGAAAUUAAGAAAAUUCAGUGCAACUCAG